AUGACUCAGACGAUCAAGUUGGCCAACAAGGCUUCUUUGCUGGCUAGAUGCUUUCCCGAGAGCUGGGCAGAGCCACUCUUUAAAUCUCAGUCAAGAGUUGUCAAAACUCACAAGACCAUGGCGGAGAUGCCCGGACCCAGUACUCUUAGCUUCUUGACUGACCUUUUUUGCAAAAAGGGGCUGUCCAGAUUGCAUGAACUCCAGAUGGAAAGCAAAGCCAAAUACGGCCCCAUAUGGAAAGCCAGCUUCGGGCCCAUCCUCACGGUCAACGUCGCCGACCCUAGCCUGAUUGAGCAGGUCUUGAGACAGGAAGGCAAGCACCCCAUCCGCUCCGACCUCUCUUCCUGGAAGGAUUACAGAGUGUCCCGAGGCCAUUCCUAUGGGCUGCUGACUGCGGAAGGCGAAGAGUGGCAGAAAAUCCGCAGCAUCCUCGGCAAGCACAUGCUGAAGCCCAAGGAGGUGGAGGCCUACACGGGCACUCUGAAUGAGGUGGUCAGUGAUCUCAUUGGCCGGCUGGAGCACCAGCGGAAUCUUCACGAGCAGCGCGUGGUCAAAGACGUGGCGGGCGAGUUCUACAAGUUUGGGUUAGAAGGCAUCUCUUCGGUCCUCUUUGAAUCCCGCAUUGGUUGCCUGGAGCCCAAAGUGCCAAAGGAGACGGAGACUUUCAUCAGUUCCAUCAACACCAUGUUUGUCAUGACCCUGCUCACCAUGGCGAUGCCCAAGAUCUUGCACCGCAUCUUUCCUAAACCGUGGCAGAAAUUCUGCGAGUCCUGGGACUAUAUGUUUGCUUUUGCCAAGGGACACAUUGACAAGCGGAUGGCUGAGAUUUCAGAGAAGAUCUCACACGGGGAGAAGGUGGAAGGAAAAUAUCUGACUUACUACUUGGCUCAGGAGAAAUUGUCCAUGAAAUCCAUCUAUGGAAAUGUGACUGAACUUUUGCUGGCUGGCGUGGACACGAUCUCAAGCACUUUGUCCUGGAGUCUGUAUGAACUGUCCCGACACCCUCAGGUGCAGGCAAACCUCUACAAGGAAAUUAUGGCAACAAUGAAAGACAACCCCAUCCCAACAGCUGCUGACGUAGCCAAAAUGCCGCUGUUGAAGGCGGUGAUGAAGGAAACACUGAGGUUGUACCCAGUGAUUCCCAGCAACGCACGUGUCAUCUCGGACAGGGAUAUCCAAGUGGGGGACUAUCUCAUCCCUAAAAAAACCCUGAUCAGCCUCUGCCAGUAUGCCACCUCUCGCGAUGAGAAGUACUUCUCCAAUCCCAACUCCUUCCAGCCGGAGCGAUGGCUGCACAAGGAAGACUCGCACCACCCCUACGCCUCCAUCCCUUUUGGCUUUGGCAAGCGCAGCUGUGUAGGCCGGCGCAUUGCAGAGCUGGAGGUGUAUCUGGCUCUGGCCAGGAUCUUGAUGCAUUUUGAAGUGAAGCCAGCACAAGAAGGACAUGCUGUGAAACCCAUGACACGCACCCUCUUGGUACCCGAGAAGGAGAUCAGUCUCCAGUUUCUGAGCCGCUAAUGGGGGCUUGAAGCAGAACUACUGACCUGAGCAUCCCCAACAAGACACGAAAGAACAC